AUGACAGACAAACUCGAUACUCUAACAGAUCUAUUGGACGAUAUUUCUGAACCCUCGGACUGGCCUCAGCCCGAGUAUCAAGAUCUCGACCGAGCAACCAGAUCUUCGUUGUUAAGAAUUGCGCGUAGCGGUAUGGUUGACGAAAGAAGUCGUAUGGAUAUAUGUGAGAAUGAUAAUAAAACACAAACAUUGGCGGAUGGCAAUAAGAUGAACAGCUCAGUGACCGAUAGAAGUGAGAGUCGUCCGAACGUUGUAAAAAGGAAGAAACCAAAGCUUGUGUAUUCAAUUAUCAAAGGCCAUAAAUUGCGCGAACUAUUAAAAGAAGAAGGUUUGCCUACAUAUGGUGAUAGGCAACAAUUAAUAAGACGACAUGCAGAAUACGUGAAUCUAUACAAUGCGAAUUUGGAUUCAGCAGAGCCAAAGUCAGAGGCAGAAUUACGACAAGUGUUAAGGGAUUGGGAGAGAACCCAAAGAACAGAUCAAUUCAGGAAGGAUGCAUCAAAGAUAUGGCGGCAGAGUAUCGACUCACAGGACUAUCAUUCCAAAUAUAAAGAUCAGUUCGCAAUGUUAAUUGAACAAGCACAAAGAAGUAGAAAUACAAGUGACGCUUCACCGAAAAUGUCUGAAUCUGACGAAAUAUCACGACUGGUCAGUGGGGAGGAGAGUGUGGCAAAUAAGAAAUGA